CACAUAAGUUGGAUAAAAUAAAAACGCAGUUUAGUUUAGAGCUGGCCCGAUAACAGAAAUGAUGUAAAUGUUGUUUUUGAUAAAAUAUUUAAGUAUGUUUAAAUAAUGUUAGUGUGGUUCUUCGCGAUUUUACUUUUAUAUGUAUCAAAAUGCCCGGGCCAAACCCCGUACCGCUUAGCUCACAUCAAUCAGAUGGAUGUGGCACAGUUUGGUGAUGCAGAGCACCGAGGACCCAACUGGUAUGAUUACACGGAAGGCUCACAAGGAGCUGCCAGUACCCUGGAGGAAGAUCAGGCAAGUUCUACAAUAGAACUAUCGACGGACGAGGAGGAGUCGAGUUCAGAGACAAGUAGCGGCUCUGAUAAAGAGACCAGUGAGAGGAAAAGAGCUACAGCAUUAUAUCGCGACUGCCAUCCAUGCCCACAUGACAUGCUGAAGAAGUUCACGAACAUCGGCAUCAAGUGGCUCUGCGGCGCCUACCAGCGAGCCCGGCGCAGCUUCAAGAGUGACUGCAUGAUGAGGUACAGGAACUGCCAGGAUGGCACCAUGUUCAUAAAGCUACACGACCACAAGUGCAAGAACGACUCGUACCACGGCCGCAGCUGGUUCUACGUCUACGGUCUAUGAUACUUCUGUUGAUACUAAUAAUAAAAU